AACACAACGCUACGCAGCAAUUCAUUCAUAAACACUGGUCGGCUGUAUUCAAAGGGACAUUUUAGAGUAUAUUGACAGAGUUUUGUUCACAUUGAUACAAAAGACCUGAUGUAACAACACACUACAACUGAAACUACAUAACAGGGGAAUCGACACAUUUUACAAACAACGUCACCAAAGCAGUACGCGUUUACAAACAGUGUAGUGAUACCAGCUGCUACAAUGGCAAUAUGAAAACAAGGCAAUCCUUCUGAAACUGCGACCACCCACACACUCAGGGAGUCCGAGGGGAGGAAAGGGAGCUGAGGUGGGAGGAGGAGGACGCCAUUGCAGCAGCCGCAGCUGGCCGUAUGUGAUUCGGCUGAGGAGGGACAAACAUUACCCAGCUUAACGAUUCUCAGGAACUUUGUGAGGGAUUUCAGGCUAAGACAACUAUAACUGGGUUGUAGUGUGUAAAACGGGUUUGCAGGAUGGACGCUUUGCCUUGCAGGGGGAGAAAAUGUGGAGCCCCAGCGCCGCAGCAGAGCAGUCUCCCAACAGUCCUUCAAGUGUCCCAUGGCCCAGCCUCUCACCAUGAACACCAGUAGGAACUGCACCGCAUUGGGGAAUGGAGAGGGUCUGGCUGCCUUGGAGUCCAUCUCCAUCGUGACCAUCACACUCCUGGCCUGCUUGGGGAACCUCUUGAUCGUGGUAACCCUCUAUCGCAGGCCUUACUUGCUCACACCCAGCAACAAGUUUGUGUUCAGUCUGACCUUCUCCAACCUGCUGCUGUCCAUGCUGGUGCUGCCGUUUGUGGCCGUGAGCUCGGCAAAGAGAGAGUGGGUGUUUGGGGUGGUGUGGUGUAACUUUACUGCUCUGCUCUACCUGCUCAUCAGUUCUGCCAGCAUGCUCACCCUCGGGGCUAUUGCCAUUGACAGGUACUACGCUGUGCUUUACCCGAUGAUCUACCCCAUGAAGAUCACUGGGAACCGGGCAGUUGUUGUCAUCGCCUAUGUGUGGUUACACUCCCUGUUGGGCUGUCUGCCUCCUCUGUUCGGCUGGUCCUCUUUUGAGUUUGACUGCUUUAAGUGGACCUGUGUGGCGUCUUGGCACAGAGAGCCGAGCUACACAGUCUUCUGGGUCACCUGGUGUACCCUCCCACCGUUCUUCGUCAUGCUGGCCUGUUACGGUGUCAUUUUCCGAGUUGCCCGUAUGAAGGCCAGGAAAGUUCACUGUGGGACUGUCGUCGUGGCUCAAGACGACAAUGGAGCUCAGAGAAAUGGACGCAAAAACUCCAGCACCUCAACUUCCUCAAAUGGAAGCAGACGGAGCCUCGUGUAUGCAGGAAGUCAGUGCAAGGCCUUCGUCACCAUCUUAGUGGUGAUCGGCACCUUCCUCAUCACCUGGGGGCCGUAUGUUGGGGUGGUGUGCACGGAGGCUUUGUGGGGACAAGGGAGUGUGUCUCAGGGACUGGAGACUCUGGUUGCAUGGCUGUCUUUCUGCAGCGCUGUGUGCCACCCCCUCAUCUACGGCCUAUGGAAUAAAACUGUGAGGAAGGAGCUGCUGGGGAUGUGUUUCGGGGAUCGCUAUUACAGAGAGUCUUUUGCUACGCGGCAAAGGACGUCCCGCCUUUUCAGCAUCUCAAACAGAAUCACAGACUUGGGUAUGUCCCCUCACCUGACAGCCAUGCUGGCUGGUGGAGGUCACCUGCUGGCCCCAGGGAGCAGUACAGGAGACACAGGCUUCAGUUUCACUCAGGACUCAUGCACAGAUGUGAUGCUGCUGGAUAACUUCUCCACAGAUGGCUGCAGCCAUUCACAGCUCAGCGGGAAUCUGUCGGUGAAGAGGAGGAGCUCGGUCACCUUUGAAGACCAGGUGGAGCAAUCCAAAGCUGAAAACAUCAACACGUCCUCCGUUCAAGUCCACGCGGAAGUCCACAAAUCCCUCGACACCUUCGCCUCCUGUCUGGCAAAGGCCAUUGAGAGUGACGCUAAGCUCACCAUGUUUGGGGAGGGUCUGACUUUACCGGGUGGGCUGUUCACAACCAGGGCAGCGCCAAGACCCAGGUACCUGGACGGUCAGAGACUGAGGCUGGAGAGUAUCGAUGAAGGUAUCGUCAAAGACGACAGAGAUGAAGAAGAGCAGGAUGUGGAGGAAAAACCUGCCUGAACACAGCUUGCUCUGAACGCUACUUCAACUGAACUGUGAGGUUUCACAUUCAUACCAGAAUACACACAUGACCACUCGAGAGAGCUGCUCGUCCCGCUCUGUGGUGCAGCCAAUGAAGCCUUAUUCCUCCGUAUAUGUGUACUCCUUACUUGAAAUUAUUCAGAGACAGGAUGUGGCACAUUAUUCAUUCCACUAUGUCUGACCAAGUGCACACCAUCAGUGUCUUUCCAAGCUUUUGUAUGGAUUCAUGUAAUCAAAUAGGAAGCCUUAACUACUGUAACAACAAUGAUUUAUUUGUUUAUUACUUGAUAUUCUAUUUCCUUCAUUUUCAUUAUCAUACGCCACAUGAGGGCGAGGCAGUAUUAAAGAAAUAUAGUUGUUUAUAUUCAGAAUGUUCAGAAGACUGCAAACACUUGUAGGCUCAUGUCCUGCCCAUAGACUGUAUAAAAUAUGGACGUAGUAUCCAUGACGUCAUCUGUUCCUUAGCGCUGUUUUGAAGCCAAUCGAUGGCGUCAGCCAUAUUGGAAAUGCGGGGCUCAACCAGGCAUAGUGUGACGUAAAGAGGCGGAGUUUGAGCCUCCUAGCCAACAGCUAUGUGUUCCAGUCCGGGAGUCACGUCAGUCGUGUCCUUAUUUGGGCAAAAACUCGUAAUCUUAAUAUCUUCUGAACCGUCGCGUUAGAAAAAUAAUUCAUCCCCCGUACAGUGUGUGCCGAUAGAGAGAUUAGCUACGUAGAACCAAGACAUUUUUUGAACCCGGCUGUAAACAUGUUUAUUAAUGCUGCAAAGAUCGUCUUUUUUGAAUUGGUGUGUAUGUGGUUUCUGGUGUUUCUGCAGCCAGCCUCAAGCGGUUUCUCAAUGAACUGCAGUUUAUAACGCUUUCACAUGGGCUUCAUAGUUUGAGACCGGAGGUUGCCGCUUGGUCCUGCCUGAAGCCUGACACUGGACUUCCACCAGAUCUGUGUCCGGCCCGUCUCCGAUCCGCUGCGGUAAGGCUACGUGCGCUCCCGUCCGUCAACACCCACCGGUUGCGUUUUUGGAACGCAGCACAGAGCAGGACCGCCGGACAGCUGGAGUCAUGUGACCGAGGUUUUCCAGUGGCAAUCACUGAAUCUUGGAUUCUCCUCCUCCUCUCCUCGCCCAUGUUGUCUUUCUGGUCCUCUGAAAACUUCUGACUUGAUGACUCCUGGCCUGCCUCCGCUCAAAAUGACUUUUUGUUUUCAUAGUUAAGUUAAAAACGAUCUGGUGAUAACACAGAGUGUUUUAUUCUGAAAAUUAACCAGGUUUUUAUUUCGUUUUGGUGCCUGACUGCCUGUCCCGCUCCAUCUGCUCUGUGCUGAAUUGAUGCGUCGUGCUCCGGCAUCCGGCAAAAAUAGAAGUCCUGCGUAUCUGAUCGCUGCGUUCCGAUCUGCCGGAUCAGAGAUGCAGUCGGAGCGCAACGGAGCGGAUCCAGUGGGAGUUAACACAUUGACUAGAAUAGAAACCUAUCAGAUCCAGUGCCGUGACGGAUCGGAGAUGGAACGGACACGGAUCUGGUGGAAUUUGGCCUUGAUUCUGACCCCAGUGCAUGCUGGGAUAUCCUCCUAAUCACGAUUCUGAAUAUAUAUAUAAAUAUUGGAAAUCAAGUUAAUUUGAAAUUUGUAUCCUCUCUUCAUCAUAGGAACAUCUUUGAGACAUUACAAAGAUAAAGUUUGACUAAAUGUCGCAGAGCCCUCGUUUGACCUGAAUCUGUCUGCAAAUAUUUGUACUAUCACUGAGGCACUUCCAGAGGGAUGUGUAUACUUCACUGUGUAGGUACCUGAUGUAAACACAGGUGUGUUCUUAUCUUAAUAAUGCUCUGCUACAGUAAUUGCACUUGAACGUGUACUUGUUCUCAUAGGAACCACUCACUGUAUGUCAGAGCUGUUACUGUUAGGUCAGCAUUUGUGCAGACUCUCAAAGGUAACAAACAUUUAGUUGAACUCAAACGAGUACAUGAAGGUUAGAGUAUAUGUUUUACGGUUGUAUUUAUGAAAAUGCAUCAAGGGUCCAAGUUUCAUAAUAAUGUACACAAGGGACCAGGUCAGAAUGAACUUCUGAGAGUAGGUACAGACUAAUGGAAAGCAGUGUUCCAUAUCGAGGGGGCCGACAAAUCCUGUCUGUAUCCUCUGAACUGUGUCUGAGUCAAUAAUCGAAGGUACGUGAGCGUUACCUCAGAUUACACACUCCACCUUAAUAACAUAAAACAAACUAUGAUGUCUUUUGUAAUAAGUAGAGCACAGUUCUGGUGCGUCAGUCUUACCUCGUAUCUCCAUAUUAUGAUUGAAUGGUACAACUUUUAUAAGUAAAAAGCUAUAUGCCCGAGAAGUGAUGUAACCUCUUGAUUUUUCACUUUAAAUACAAAAACUUGCAUUUAAGUUUUGUAUCAAGAUUCUUCUAUUAAAACUUUUUACAGAAA